AUGGAAGGCAAACCUAUACCAUUACCAAGAACUUCAUUAUUAAAAAAAAAAGAAAUGCUUCAUUCUCUUACUCCUCCUCCAAUACCUGAAAGGCCUAAAAAUAUUUUGAAACCUCCACCAAUUCCUCCAAGAGAUAAAAAUUUAUUUUACAAUAAAAUAAAUAAUUUAUCAUCUGAGCCUAUUUUUUCAUCCAGUAUUGAAACAAUUCAUGAAGAUGAAUGUCUUGUUUCGUCAAAGUCAGAUAGUCAAAGUAUUUUAUUUCAAAAUCCUGAAUAUACAAGUUUAGAUGAUUUGAAAAUUUCUAGUAGUAUUUCUGAGAGUUCUAAUGAUGAAACAUGUAGUAUAGAAUCAUCAAAACAACAAUAUACUGAUAACUCAGAAUGUUUUGGUGAUUUUAAACAAAGUCAUGAAAAUAUUUUAGAACCUGUUUAUGUAAUAAAUGAUAAUGCAAAACAAUCAAAUAGUAGAGUAAGUAUUCGAGCAGAUCCAAUUAUGGGUCUUCCAGAUAGAUAUGAUGGUGAAAAAAUUACUUAUUAUGGAUGGAUUGAAUAUAAAAAUGGAAGAAAAACUAAAAAGUAUUGGGCUGCUUUGAAGGAUGGUUUUCUUAAAUUUUAUGAUAAUGAAGAAUGUGAAAAUAAUCCAAUGUUUUCAUAUAAUUUAGCUGAUUUAGUAUAUGUUGGAAAAAAUAAAAAUAUUCCAUGUUGUAUUAUUGUUUUAUUACGAUCUAAAGAUAAAACAGCAAUUUGGGCAAGAAUUGAGAUGGUAACAGAAGAAGAUCAAUUUAAAACAUGGACACAUUUAUUAGCUAGAUCAGUUGUACCUUCAGUAAAAUAUGACAAUGAUGAAUUUAGUGAUUUAGAUGUUGGAGGUAUUGUUUGGUUUAAGGAAGGAACUACAUCUCAAUGGAGUCAAGGUUGGCUUUACAUUAGUCAAAAAACAUUAAAUUAUAUGAAACUAAACAUGAUUUAUAAUAGAAAAAUUGAUAUUAGAAAGAUAAGGUGUUUAAAAAAAAAUAUUUGUAAAACAGAUUGGUGCCCAUUUGUUUACAAUACUAAUGAAGGUCCUAUUGUGUGCUCGCAAGGUGGAAAUUCUUUUUACAUGCAAGGUGAAAAUGAUAUAUGGUCAACGUCUAACUGA